CCUCCACUCGCUCGCAACCUAUCCCUCCAAUAUGACCGUAGUCUUGAAUGAUACUGGCAGUUGGUUGUCAAAUGUUUUUUCCAGCUAUUGGAUAGUUGCCGCCGGCGUCGUGGUAGUAUACGAUUGGAGUGAGCCGGACAGUGUUUGAAAACCGCUGAUACCCUCAUGUUAUUUCCAGUGCUAACACUCGGACAAGAGAUCGAACUGAUCUGGAAGCAGCACUGGUCUCUCAUGACUGUGCUAUAUUUAGUUACACGUUAUAUGGGAAUACCAUAUUUUAUUUUGUUUAUGCUGGAAAAUAUACCAUUUGUCUCGCUGACAGAUGCGGUGAGCAAUAUUAUGAGCUAUGCAAAGAAUGUGACAAAUGUGGUCAUAACUGCCAUGUUGGACGUCAUCAUGAUUUCUCGGUUGCAUGCCAUGUAUCAGCGAUCUAGCAUGAUGCUCAUCUUCCUUGUUAUUAUCUUUCUGGCUGUUAACAUCCCCUGCGGAGUAAUCACAGCAAUCGUGCUCAAGGAUACUGUAGCGGAGGUGGUGAUAUUCUCUGACACGUAUAUGUGCAAUGAUAGAUUUGAAGGGGACGACCAGCUUCUGGUUGCAAUGGUUUGGAUGCUCAACACUAUUUGGGAGGUCCUCGCACUGUGUCUUUCGGUCUGGAUUGCUGUGAAACACUUUCGUGAACUGCGACAACUCGGCCCAUUGACAGGAUCGACCAUCGGGGAUUGUUUCAGAGUGCUGAUAAAAUCUCAUGUGCUUUAUUUUGCAAGCUUUGUUUGUGUCUCAUGCCUCCAGCUUGCUGAUUUCUUUCCAGAGCUCAAGACUUCAAAUUCUAUUGGAGCUCAAACACUCAUUGGUUCUCUUCAAAUUUUAUGGAGAGUGCAGAUGUUUGUGCUGGGACCACGCCUCAUCCUUAGUAUUCGAGAAUAUCACGCAAAACUUGUGGCCGACUCCAACGCAGAAACUAACAUGACUUCGAUUGUCUUCCAGGAGCGUGUAACAACUAGCAGUACUGUGUAGGGAAAUGCUUGCUGAGCGGUCCGCAGGAAGGAGGGAUUCGGUGAAGGAUCCGUCGUGGUAUUUAUUUAACAUAUAGUAUUUUGAAGUAUAUUUGAAAGGUUUAGGCAAACCUAUUUCUUGUUCUAUUGUGACUGUAGCUACCCACGUGCACCCGUGUUUGCACCAAGUAGCGAGCUGAGAUUAUCCGGCGUGUCUGGCAACUAACCAAGUCCUUGAUGCCGAUACCAAAAUACAACGAGAAGCAGCCUGGUGCUACAAACAAGUGGCGAGCAGAUCCUGCGACGGAGUGACAGCAAGAGUUUGGUAUAAUUGAAAGAACGCCAAGACCGUGCCAGGUCAAGACAGGGAACAAGCCUGUGGGUAC